AAAGGCUUCCUUAAACGUUAUAUUGAAUUUGAAGAAUAUUCGAAAGAAUAUUCGGUGGACAAGCUAUCGUCAGUAUGUUUUUCAAGGUUUUACUAUUUCUAUUAAUUGGGUUAACGUGUUUAAGCCUGUAUGCUGCCACUGAAGAAGAGGUAACGCGAAUGAAAUGCUUUGAUGAAGAACAUUGCAAGUGCACGGAAAACAGAGUAGAAUGUAAAUGCACUAAUGGUGGAAGUCUUACCAUGAUACCUUUCUUAAAAUAUUUAGCAGAAGUUGUAACUGUGGAUGGUUGCAAUCGGGUGGAAGUAUCUAUUGGUUCAUUAAGUGGAUCAUUCCUGGAAAAAGCUUCUUUUACAAACAUUAACAACUUAGUAAUUAAAUCUUUUGGAAUAGCAGGAAGAUCUUUUAGUACAAAGAAAGUCGAUUCAAUCAUUCGUUUUGAAAACAUCUCUAGCCUUUUCAUUGAAUCCUUUGGAAUCACGGCGUUGCACAAAGUUCGAGUUUUUAUAAUGAAAAAUGUGACCAUAGAAAAAUUGGAUAGUUUUGCUAUUACGGGGAUAGACAUGACUCAUUUUGUCAUCGUAAAUUCAACUUUACUUUACUUGGAUACCUUAGCUUUACAUUUGACGAACGUCUUAGAUUUUACAGUGAUGAAUAGCAAUAUCGUUUAUGCAGCAAAUCUUUCCUUUGUAAUCAAAGAUUCACAUAAUGUAUUUUUUGAAAAUUGUUAUUUUCAUUACUCUGCAAGUGACAGUAUUUUUCUUGCAUACAUAAACUCAGUAAAUAUUUUGAAUUGUACAUUCGAAUCUUUACCUGCCACAAUCUUCUGGGCUAGAGGACGUACAUUUCGAUUUCAUCGAAAUAUUGUGCGAAGGUAUAGUGAAGAAAAUGCAUUCCAAAUGGUUUUGUCUAAUCGGAUUGAAUUUACGGACAAUUCUUUUCGAUCUGUUGCUUUAAACUCAAUAUUGCCCAAUCCGAAUGCGAACAUAUCGGCAGAGGACACAAUAUUUAAUAUUGAUGGCAAUAGUUUUUAUUGUGAAUGUCCAAUAUCAUGGAUAUUUAACGACUCUACUUUCUAUAGCAGAGUAAUUGAAUCUAGUUUUUGCAGCAAUUUACCUCAGUUAAAACUUAAGCAAUUAGUUUCUUUUUUUGAACGCAAAGACAUGUGCCUCCACCCUGUACAUGAUAAUGUGAACCAUGAUAUGUUACACAUUUUCCCUUUUGCUAUGGAUAAAAUAAAAAGUAAAAGAUUACGCAGCAAUACGUCCGCCAUUGUUCCGUUAAAUGCUUUAACAUUUAUUUUACUUUUUUUGACUUAUCUCCAUAAAUAUUAUGAUUCUUAGAAGUAUUGUUGUCUUAAUAAAAGUAUUUUAAAAUGUAUACAUUGCUAACUAUGAAUUUUUUGAACAAUAAUUUGUAUUGAAUUAUAGUAAAUAAUUCUAUAUUAGAAAUUUUCAACUGAUUUUAACAUUUAAUUUUAAUCUUCCGACCUGUGCAACAAGUACUUUUUUCCAGC